UCCGGUUGAAAUAUUUACUUCAGUUGGAGAAGAACGCAGUGACGUUUGAGCCCAAAAUGAGCGGCGGUUUGGCACCGAGUAAAAGCACUGUUUAUGUUUCUAACCUGCCGUUUUCUCUCACCAACAGCGACGUGCAUAAGCUGUGCAGUAAAUACGGCCAGGUGGUGAAGGUGACGGUGGUGAAAGACAAACACAGCCGCCAGAGUAAAGGUGUGGCGUUUGUUCUGUUCCUCAACAGAGAAGCAGCUCAUCACUGUGUUCAGGCUCUGGACCACAAGCAGCUGUUCGGCAGGACGGUGAAGGCCAGUAUCGCUGUGGACAACGGCAGAGCUGCAGAGUUCAUCAGGAGGAGGAACUACACGGAUAAAUCUAAAUGUUAUGAGUGUGGAGAAGAAGGACAUCUCAGCUACAACUGCCCUAAGAACCUACUGGGAGAAAGACAACCUCCACCCAAAAAGGACAAAAAGAAGAAGAAGAAGAUGAUGAUCAAACCCCUUGACGAGGUGGAGCCUGAGGAAAGUGAAGAUGAAGGAGAAGAUCCAUCAUUGGACAGUUUAAGUCAAGCCAUCGCUUUCCAACAAGCUCGAAUGGAGGAAGAGGAGAGACGAAGGAAGCAGCAGGUCUCGGCAGACACGAGUCACGCUUCCACAUCAGACGGUUCACAUAAACCCAGGAUUAAAAAGAGCACGUACUUCAGUGACGAGGAAGAGCUCAGUGACUGAUGAACCUUAUUCUGUUCUUUUUGGGUAAAAUCUUUGCUGAGGCUUUUUUAAAAGGCGUUAAAGGAACAAGCGUUUAAAUGUUUUACAGUGAAUGAAUCAGUCACUUGGGGUUUGGAAAGCUGCAGUAACUGAUGAACAAAAACACCAUCACUCUUUAGCAUCAGUGUUUUAAUCCGUUCACUCGUCGUAUUUUAUGCUGUAAAUAAUGUCUACUGGUUAGUACAGAUGUUUACUGAAUUCCCUGAAAUAACUCCUCAUUGUGCAAAUAAAGACAAAUUGUUUUCA